AGCAAGGCAGUGUUGUGGCUGUCAGCUGAUUGAGUCACUUGUCAACAAAACCCAAACUUGUUAUUCAGAGCCAAGCGUAGCGGGGGGAAAAGAGAAGCUCUGUGCUGAGUGGCAAGGUUUUUUCCCCAACAGCUUUCCGAUGGCGAUGCAGAACUUUGACAAGCUGCCCCUGGAAAAUGCGCUGGAGGAUUCACCGCAGCUGCGAUCACUGGUUGGUGUGUUCAGUGAGGAUGCCCAGGCCCUGCGAGACUAUGUGACCACCUUACAUCAGCUGUCCUCCAAGCUUGUUGCAGCACACAACCAGCUGACAUCUGCUUACCAGGAUCUAGCAAAGCACCUCAAAGCAUAUGGCACCAUUAAGUUUCCAGUGAAUGGUGAUGCUGAUGGUGUAGUUGCAUCAACACUUUCACAAUUUGCCAAACAUGUUUCUGAAAUGAGCUCUUGGGAGCACAUUGUGGCAACACAGAUUGCAGAUGGAGCAGUUUAUCCUCUGUCAAGAUUCAUUGAUACUGAACUCCAUGAGAUGGAAACUAUGGCAACUCUGUACCAGAAUGCUGGGACUGACUUGGAUAGGGCCAUUACAAGAUACAGUCGUUGCCGUCGUCGGGAUCCAGAGCAGGAACACCGUGAAUCAAACGAGGAUGUGUAUGUUUCGAAAAAAAAAUUUCACCAGAUGGCUCUUCAUUAUUAUUCCAAGUUGAACCUGCUACAGUAUUCAAGGAAAUCUGCAUUGCUUGAGCCUAUGCUGGGACUCUUGGUGGCCACAAGAGCACACUAUAAUAUGGGUCAUGAUGCUCUUGUGACUCCAGAAGUGGAAGAGUUCUUAGCCAACAUUUCAGUCUGCGUUAAAGGUGUCGUUGAAGACCAGGCAAAGGAGAGAGAAGACACACUGGAGCUGAUUGACUCCAUCAUUACGCAGUCACAGCUGAUGUACUAUGCGGAACCACCUCCAGACAUUGCCUCAUUGCCACCUGAUACAACCCUCACAAAUAAAGCUGGAUAUCUCAAUGUUCAGAGAAAGUAUAUGGGUGUGAUGAGCUCCUGGGAGAGGCAGUUUGUGUUCCUGGAGGGAGGAAACCUGAUGAGUGUUGUGAAGGGCGACGCAGCCGGAUCGCUUCUCUUAGAGGUCGACUUAACAACCAUCGUUCAUGCUACAGACACAGAUGAUCGGCGACAUGUCUUCCAGGUUGCUACUAGUAAAAAGUCCAUAACUCUCCAGGCACUCAACGACCGCGAACGUGAUGAAUGGAUGUUAACAAUCCAUAACUUGGCUAAGGAUGGAGGAUAUGUCAAGGAUGAGAAGGUUGCCCCAUCCUCUUUGUUCUCAGGAGUUGGCCAGUUCUUUGCUGACAAGUUCCAUGCUGCAUCAGCUGCAAUAGGCUCGACUCCUUCAACACCCACUACAGCAAGUGCAUCACCUCCAUCUGGCACUGCAGCUUCUGCCGCAAUGCCACAAGCGGCAGCCAUUCCCGCCGAUGCUCCUAUUGUGUUUGAUCUUCUCACUUCCCCCGAGGAAACAUUCACGCUUAAUCUCGAUAGUCAGACUGACAGCGAACAAGAUGUCACAGAUGAUGGUGCCGAGGGCAAAGUCGUAAAACAAGAAACCGAUAAAUUCUUCACAGUCCGCUUCCUUGGGUCUAUGGGUGUCAAUGUUGAUAAAGUUGUAUCUUUCAUAGAUGGUCAGGCUGUGGUGUGUGAGGUGAUGCGCAGGAUUUUGGCAGCCAGAGCUAUCCACAACGUCUUCUCCACCAUGGAGCUGCACCUCUCCACAUCGCAGUCACACUUGAUUCUCUCAGAGCCUUCAACGGGCAAUAUUUGUCUGCGACAUAGUCUGAGCGAUGUUGCUUAUUGGGCAGCUCACAGUGAAAAUCACAAGCUAGUUGGUUACAUUGUGCGACAGCGGGACACCGAAGCCACUGACACCGCUAGCUUUUCCUGCUAUGUGUUUGAGGCAGAGGGCAGUGGAACAGAAAUCUGCUGUGCCCUUGGCGUAGCGGCAAAGACAGCUUACCACCAAAUUGUUGAGAAGAAGACACAGGAAAAGAAAAGGAAGCAGGAAACAAGACUCCUUCUGGCCAAUAUUGCUCAACUCCCAGACAUAGAUGAUCCUCCUCAGGUGAGCUCUGAUGGACAGUUCCUCAUUCUGGAUGGAGACCUACCCGGCUCAACCCCAAGAACACCUCCGGUUACAACCAAGAGCAGCCAGAGCACUCCUGCUAAAGACCCCAGAAAAGUGACCCAGGAGGAGGAUCCGGAGAGCGAAGCAUAAAAGGCUUAUCUGGGUAGACCUGAAACCUGUAUGUUUCCCCCUUUUUUUUUUUUCUUCUUUCUUUUUCUUUUUUCUUUCUUUCUUUUCAUUAUGAAAAAAGGACUCCAUUAUUUUUGUCAAGUUGAAAGUCGAUUUCAGAUCUGUGAACUCUUUGGGGCAAGUUAUCUCUUCUUGUUUAUGAUUAUUUUGAGAUAUUUGAUUUCUUUAUGACAGGUGUAUAUAUACAAGAUAUAAGAAAGUUGAAUGGAAAGUGAGGAGCUCUUAUAUACUUCCUUCAGUAAAGGUUAUUUGAACCUCUAAUCAUCUGUAGGAUAAUAAAUGAUGAUCAAAUGCCUAACAGACAAUGAUAGAUUGUGCUUAUAUUUCAUGUUUCACAGGGACUGAUAAGCUUUUUAGAUUCCAUGAAAAAAUGUGAUAUAAAAUUGAAAAAAUAUUUUUUUUUUUUAUUCAGGUAAUCAUUACACAUGUUAUGAUUUUCGCUUCUUUUAUCAGUUAUUAUCCAGUACUUCAGAUUUCAUAGGUUCAGUAAUGAAGGGAACAGAGGAUAAUUUACUCUAAACGUUUGAAAAGAAAAGAUUAACAUUGUAUUUUCAGUGUUUCUUUGAUGGUUGUUUCAUUUAAUUAAUGUUAAUUUUUGAUGCUGUUACGAUUAUAUUUGAAGAACACUGAAUUCCUAGAGAAUUGUUUAACUUAUUUUAGCUUCAGAAUAUAGGGAAGUACAAACCAGCAUUAUUUUUAUAUUUAACAUUAUUGUCUUCUUGAGUUAUGUAAAGUUAUGUAUUAUAUAUUUGUAGCUUGUUCAUUCUUAUCUGAAAUAUUAGUCAUGAUACUUCAGGUGUUAAUAGCAGCUGAACAUAGUCAUGGUUUGAUACAUUUGAUCUGAUAUCGGCCUGAUGAUUCUAAUCAGCACAAACAUUGGGCUGAAGUAAUGAAAACAUUCCCUAAGUGUAAAUUUGAUACUCUUGGAUGUCUGAUGACAAUCACAAAACAUAAUGCCAUGAGAUUGUUUAUCUACUUUUUUCAUAUGAAAAAUUACUUUAUGUUUGCCUUAAUGGUGGAAUUAUGAUGCCAAUAUCUAUAUAUAGAGUACACACACACACAUAUUCAUUCAUUCUAAAGUUAGUAUCAUGAUUUCAUUUUUACCAACUGAAAACCUAUUUGAACUAUAUUGUUAUAGAAUGGCCAUAUAGUGGAGGAACAAUAUUAAAAGAAUGGAGACUUUCGUCUACAGUACUCAACUCCUCAUGCAUGGUGUUUACUAUAGAUCUCUUGUUAAGAUAUAUUAUAGCAGUUUCACUAAAUGCUCUUGAUACCUAAUGUAACUUUGUUUCAAUUCUUCAAGUUUGUCUAUUCUUGUAGGAGGCAGUGCAGAGAAGCAUUUAUGAUGCAGCCUUUUUUAGUAACCUAUUCAUCACAUUGUAGCUUGUUUUUGAGUCUAGAUUCAUUAACCCAACGGCGUCGGGUAUAGAAAAUUAAAAAAAACUCUACGCUCUGGCGAACGGCGGCAGCGCGCCGACUCUGAGCGCGUGAAUUCGGUACAUCAAGCCGAAUCAUUGCCUCGGGGCAUUUGGCGCGGCGCCACUGCGGACAGCCGCACGCUUCAAAUCGGGCGUAUUGUUAUGACAGCGAUAGCCGUGACCCGUCGCCAUUGGGUUAAAUGGAUCACAGAAACCCAGAGCUAAGAUUAAGCACUCCUAGUCUCCACCCUGACUGUUACCUCUGCAUUCUUUUGAUGAGUCUGGGUGAUGUAGUGUACUCAUAUUUUGAGGCUUAUGAUGACAAGCUUAUUCUAACUAGAUACUAAUUCUUACACUCCUAGGUGCAUACCACAAGUAAAGUGAGUAUGGGAAAGUAGCAACCAAUUACUCUCCAACAGACCAAGGAGAAUUUUUUAAGUUCAUUGUUUCAGGAGAAAUAAGAUUGGUUGUAAAUUGCUUGAACCUGAAUUUUAAAGAGAAAGUAAAAUGGGUUCAUAUUUGUCUUCGGAAGGAAAUUGGCUUUAUGAAAUGUAGUCAUUUAGUUUUAAGUGCACAUUGUACCUAAAAUCAAAUUACAGCUGGUAUGUAAACAUAUUGGUGCUAAAUGCAUUAGAUGCAGUUUUCAUUUCAUAGCAGGCAUGAUGAGUUGAGAAUUGUGGAAGGCUUGUGUUAUGCCCUUUAAAGGUUUAACUUUGUGUGAGUUUGUGUGAAGUCAUUAAGGUUUUUGGUGUUCAUCCUAAUGCAGAUAAUGCAGAAUAAUAAUCAGAAUACAUAUAUAUUUUGGCAUUUACCAAAGAACUGAAAUAAAAAAAAAAAUUUAGGUAUUGUGACUGACAUUGAGAAGAACUGCUAGUCACACUGCCUCCUAUUUUAAGAAAUAUAAUGCAGCUGUAUUUUAAUCAAAUGUAAACAAUAUGACCAAAGACAAAAGAGUCAUAGAUGUGAUCUAACAGGGAACAUGUGUCUAACCAUCUAACCGUCAAACUAACUGUCCUUAUUUUCUCAUUUUGACCAUUAUUUGAUAAGCAUUCUUCUGGUCCUCAUCAUGAUUUUGCGGUAAUUUUAUUAUUUUGUGGAGGUUUCUUAGUUCAGGGCAUGAAGGUAAUCUAGUCUGCCAUAUAUCCCGCUGGAUAUUUACUGCUCACAGCAAAUCACCUACAAUGGUUAUGCAGCUUAUUUCAUCUCAAAUUAAUAUAAUUUGGGGAAAGUUACGAUAACCGAUUUUCGAACUUUGUUAUCACCCCUGGAAAUAGUUAGUAAUCUAAAUUUAGUCAGGUAGUACAUAAAGAUGUAAGGAUGAUGAUAUAAACUAAUAUAAAAUACCUUAUGAAAAAAACUGAAAACUCGACAAUUAUAGGCUGUUGAUUAAGAAUGGACAAAUAUUUUUAUUUAUCAUUAUAAACUUUUUUUUUUUGUCCAUUUCAGUACUUCAAAACUUCCACAAAGUGUUGCCAUUUACACAGUUCCAUGUUGUAUAGCAAGGAGGGUGUUAUAAAGCAAUACAUGUUGGCAGAGUACCAUAAAAAUUUUCAUGCUUAUUUUCAUGCAGCAGAAAGCUAAUUAAUAGCAGUUCCCUUUAACUUCCUUCUCAAAAUUCAAGAAUUCUCAUUGUUUUGUUGUAGCCAUAUUGGGAUGCUUGUUUUCAUAGUCACCACCUAUGCAUUACACUGUUUAGUUGGACGAGAAGUGACCGUCCUAGCCUUAGUGUCCAUACCUCAUCAAAUGAACACGGGAUAGGACAGUUUGGAUAGGAACCCUGAAUGUUCAAGAGGCCUUUGAAGCUGUUGUACCACUGCUCAGACUCAGCUUUGGUCCUACAGCUACCAUCGGCCACCCAAAUCCUCCCAAAUUGGUUUCAUUAUAAUUGCACUCCCCUGGUCUAGGCAUGUCCAAGCUGACCUCGACAAUAUUAGUUACAAUAACCUGUACCAUAUUUUCUGCUAAUUUGUUGGCCAGUUAGAUCAUCAGGAUAGAAAACAAUAAUCUUGAAAUACAGUGCAUGAAAAUGAAGAAAUUCUGAAUACCUCAGAAAAUACAAAAAUUUACAAUCUUUUAUAGAUUUUGUACCAGCCUGCCUGUGGGUAGUCUUUCUUCUUUCUCUCAUAUGAACUUUAUUUCUCAAUUUAUUGUUACUUUGAAGUAAUCCAUUUUGUAAAGUGAUCAAUGCAACGCUUGAUGUACACAUUUAAGUAUGUUUGUAAUUGUACUAUAAUUUUUUACUAAUAUCUAACAUAGUCAAACAAAUCCUAGACCAAAGGUUCACCUUACCCCCAAGAAAGUAGAGCAGGAUACAGACAGACAAAGCUCUAGCUCUGGCUCCCCUAGUUACCCAGAUAGUAUGCCUAGGCCUGAUGUAAAGGUAAUGAUCCCUAAUGUGUGCUUAAUUUCAAGAUCAGAUAAAUCAUGUGUAACUGCAGCUUAAAAAGGCCUACAGUCGUAAAGCAUUUGAUAUGGAUAUGAUUUCAGCUAUUGACAAGAACUCAUACAGGUUUACUGUUUUUUUUACAUUCUCCACCUGUAAGGAAAUGAAAAAGAAAAGCAUUUGAAAAAUAUUAAUGAAAAUUUAAAUUUUGAAGGAAGGUGCUGAAAUCUAUGCCCAUUUCUGAAUUAUUAAAUCAUCACCUGAGAUACUAGACCAGCAUUGCCCAGGUUAAUGAUACUGCUGUAAUAAUUCCUUUGAUUCAUUCUAACAUGUCUCUUUUAAUGAACUGAUUACCAGUUGCAUUCAGUUUCUUAUGUGUGCAGAUACUACAUAAGGGACUUUUUUCUCCUAAAACACCUGGUCUUUUGCUGUUAGGUAUUCCCCAUCCCAGAAUGUGUCAAUAUUGUAAGAAACAAUUUACUGUCUUCUGAAACUAUAAUUGGUUACUUACACUCAUCCAUUUGAAAUGACAGUAAUUUGUUUAUUUACUCAUUGGUAAAUAUUUUUGUUUUUGUUGUGUUGUCACUUAUAAUUUUCAUUCUGUAAAACAAAUUCAAAGAGGUCUGCCAUUUAUGGUUUUACACCUAACAUGAGUCCCAUUUUUUUUUAACAUGGUGAUUGUAUAGCCAUUAGCAAGUAGGAUAAUAAUUGAUAACAAAAUUUGUAAAUACUCGGCAAACCUUUGAUAUUAUGUACUAGUAUUGUAAUCCCGUUAUAGUUGUGCUGUAAUCAUUUAUAUGUUGUAUAUUCAUAUGUAUAUUUUGUAUGAACUUUGUUUAUGUUAUGCAUGUGCAUUAUUUUUGCAUGAACAUAAAUGUCAAAUUGUGAAGGUAUUAUGAAGAUAAUAACCACAAGUUUCUAAUGCAAAUAUACACUUAUUACCAAAUCAACUGAAAAGAACCAUGUAAAUUCCUGUAUUGGAAAUAAACCUAGAUAAUGGAUUAAUGUUGUAUGGCAUUCAGUUUUGCAGUCACAAGUUAUUUGUUUUCACAUAAAUAUAUGGAAAAAAUCAUUUAAGAAUGUUUUGUAAGUAAGCUUAAAAAGCAGUACACGUGUAGAAAAAUAUAUUUAUAAGAGAUGAAAGAAAAAAAGGUCAUAUUUUUUAUUCUCAAAUAUUGUUCUCAUUUUCAAACAGCUUUGGAAACAUUUCUGGUCACAUAACAGGAAACUGAAAGAAAAACAUAUGGUAGGUAGGAGGUAGACAUAAAGUAAGUGUUGCCUUAUAAAGCAUAGUAGCUUUACUUCUGAACACCUGUAUAUUGCAGAAAUAUUUAGCUGAAAGCUUCUUGGGCUUAGUAAAAGAAUAUAGAAAAUAGAUAUCCUAUGUCUGGAUAAUUGGUAUUUUGUAAAUACCCAUAUUUAUAAGCUUCAUCUUCUACCACUACCCUUUAAGAUCAUGAAACGAAUCAUAAAAUGAAUUUGCUGGAUGGUAUGAGUCACCCAGGAAGUUUAAUCAUUUUGCAGCAUUUUUAUACAUACUAGGAGAGUGAGAAGUUCUUAAUCAUGAUUUUUUUUUGUUCUAUAUUUUUUAUAUAUUCAGCUGAAACUGGACAUUUAGGGUACUGAUUGUACUAUAUAAUGGUUUACUGAUACAGAUGAGGGUGGUAAUAGUUAUAAUGAAUAGAGGGAUAUAAAGAACUGAAUGUGAUGAACCCAUUAAAGAAAGUUAUUUAUUUGGGUAUAAACAUAUAAACACAGUAUUGUAAAUAUAUCAUUGGAUGUCUUUUGUACUCCCUUCAUCUUGCAUAGUUGGUGACCUGCCUAUAUCUGCUUUUUGCCCCACAUAGAUAGAAGGUGUGUCUGUAGGUGCUGAAAUCAUACUGAUGUUUUGGGACAGAGUGACCAUAUUUUUACGCAGUUAAACAAUCAUUAGUUUUGGUGUAUUUACUUGUGUGUUGAUCAGGGUGCAAUUCCAGAUUUUGGUUUUGAUUUUGUAUUCUGGUUUUAAUUGUUAUAUUGAUUGUUUUACUUAUUCUGAUUUGCAUUUAUACAGCCCCUUACACUUACACAGCCAGGUUUUGACAGCGUCUAACAUUCCUAAACAAUAUUUUUUUUUGUGUACUUACAGGAAAAGAAAAGAGCACAUUUUAAUCCACUUACAUAGUAUUCUGAUAAUUUGCAGCUGAAGUUACCCUAUUAUAUUUUGUUUCAUAAUUUCAUUGAGAUACUUAUUGGGGCAAACUUCAAACUGAAGAAAGGUAAUAAGAAUUUUUAGUAAAAGGAAAAAUCAAUCUCCAUCUCUUUCUUUCUCUAUGCAGAUUUACAGUUUUGGUAAUAUCUGCUAUGUUUUUUCUCCAGAUGAUAUUGUACAUUGAGAUCUGCACAUUGGUUGUUCUUGUAUUUAUCAUACCUUUUUGUGUUUGAAAAAUCUGUAGACUUUAUGAAAUAUCCCAAAGAUUAUUGAACAUAAAUGCAUGAAUGCAUGAUUGUAUUGUAAUGUUCUGUUAUCAAAUAUAAUUGUCUUUUUAUUUAGAAUUGUUUUCUGUGUACAGUAUAUACUAAGUCCAACUUAGGUUAAUAGAAAGGCAAUUAUUUUGGUGUGGUAUGAGCUAUUGUAAUUGUGAACUCACACUAUGUUUAUUGUAACUGAACUUCCUAAUUCAGAUAAUAAGAGUGUAGAAUCUAUAUUUAACUUGAUGAAGUCUUUUUAAUGAUGGGACUAUUGCAUUUUUCAUAUAUCUAAGGAAUUCAGAUGUAGUUGGUUUGUCAUAAAAUAUUACUGGCCAUUUUGUAACUUUCUCUUUAGUAAUAUUUUAAACAUUCAUUAUUUGUACUUGAAUUCAAGAAAUACAUCUUGAUGCUUUGUACGAAUUCGGACUUAUAUUGAGUUUUGUUAUUUUGUCAUUGAUGAAAGCUGUAUAAAAUUAUUUGUAAAUUCAGUAUGAUUCACUAAUGCUGAUUUUUUUCAUUCUGUUUUAUGAAUCAGCUUCCAUUAAACUUCAAAAUGUGUUUGCUUUGAUAACACAAUAGAAAAAAUAAAUAAUUGAAAGAGUAGCACUCCUUUUUGAAAGACUGAACUUUUUUAUCAUGACUUUGUAUGAAGUAUUAACCUGCAAGUUGAUCCUUUAAAAGAACAUUCUACUUGUCCUCAACCCCUCAAGAUGGAGGAUGAGCUUGAAAAUCUUUUUUUUUUUUUUUUUUUUUAAUAAUUUUAUUUCAUUUGAUUAUGUGGCAUAUCCAGAUAUUGGUAUAUAUUCUAAAGUGAAUUUGUGUGAUUUUUUUUAUGAUCAUAUUUCAUAAUUUAAGUGGCAUAUCCAGAUAUGUAUAUUUUAAAAUGCAUGACAUUACAUAUAAUUAAAAGAUAUUACUGUAAGAAAUGUCUUCUGAGCAGGGAUAGGGAUGCCAAUGUCAGAAAAUAACUGGUUUUCUAUGGGAAGAAGCAAAAUAUCCCAUUUUUGUAAUACUUCUUAUUAAAAUUGUAAUCUGUUACUCAAGCACUUAGCAGCAUCGAGUAGUGUUUACUAGGUAGAAUUGUGGAGGUAAUUGGACUGUUGAUAUGAUUACUAUUUGCAAUACAUUUACUAAUUUGCAGAGAUGGGGAAAUAUCACUGGUACUUUGACACUUGAAAAACCAGGCUCCACUUAACGCUCUGAAACUCGAAAAAUGCCACAUGCCAGAACUGCAAGAAAAGCUGCUCCCAGAUAAACCUCGUCUCUAAUACUACCUUCCAAAUAAGUGAUGGCUGUACCGUGAAUGCCCCAGAAAAAGUAACAAUGGCACCAUCUAUUAGCAUUAUUUUUUUUUAAUUGGUAUCAACACUGAACAGUACUACUUUGUCAACAAAUCAAAAGUGAAGCCAGUUUUCAGGUAUCAGAGUAUGUCUGCUACAGUCCGCUAAUUCAAGCUCUCUUUCACGUGCAAGAAAAACCUUGUUUAUCUGAUUUGCAAAAUCAAUUUUCUGUUUACUAGAACAACACUUUUUACUUUUGAAAAUUAAUAUAGUCAUGAUUUACUUGCAAGUUGUUCAACCUGAUUUUGAAUUAUGUUCAGUGUCAGAAGAGCAAAUGCUUUCAUGUAUUUUUAUUAUGUAGCAUUAUUAGAAUACUGUAAUAUUUUAUUGUAAUAAAAUCAGUAAUAUACUAGUCAUUAACUAGGAAA